GGCUGUAAAUGUUUUCGAUUUGCAGACUCCACCACUCAGCCGUAGCUUUAUUGUCGGAGUUGCAGUUUAAAUACUCUCUCUCUCUUACUUUUCUUUUUACAAUUCCUAUAUACACUCACUAGCUUCUCAUGGAAGUCAAAUUCUGUGAAGUUGACUGAUAAGCACUAAGUGCGCCAAUUGUUAUUCCGCGAAUUUAUGCGCGGAAAGUGUUUUCUGUUUUCUUCAAUUGGGAAUUUUUGAAACAAACAGUUUCGUUGUUUAGUUUCUUGUUUCUGAGAUUGUGAGGGAAAGAAAGCAUCGGAAAAUGCUGAGAUUUUCACAGUUCUGGACUAAGAAGACAUUGAUUGGCCUUGGUCUCGGCCAAUUUCUCUCCCUUUUGAUAACUUCUACCGGCUUUUCAUCAUCGGAACUCGCGAGAAAAGGAUUUAAUGCACCAACAUCACAGUCAUUUCUAAAUUAUGUAUUAUUGGCAACUGUAUAUGGAUCCACGAUGCUCUAUCAAAGGAAAGCACUUAAGGCAAAAUGGUAUUACUACGUCCUUUUGGCUUUGGUAGACGUGGAGGCGAAUUUUCUUGUGGUGAAAGCUUAUCAAUACACAUCUAUAACAAGCGUCAUGCUGUUGGACUGCUGGUCAAUCCCAGCUGUGAUGCUUCUUACAUGGCUUUUCCUACACACGAGAUACAGAUUCAAAAAGAUAGCUGGUGUACUUGUUUGUAUCACCGGCCUUGUCGUGGUUGUUUUCUCAGAUGUUCAUGCAGGGGACCGAGCAGGAGGGAGCAAUCCUCGUAAAGGGGAUUUGCUUGUUAUAGCUGGUGCAACAUUAUAUGCCAUUAGUAAUGUCAGUGAGGAGUAUCUUGUGAAGAAUGCUGACAGAGUGGAACUGAUGUCAUUCUUGGGUCUUUUUGGUGCCAUUAUUAGCGCAAUUCAAAUAAGCAUACUUGAACGCAAUGAGCUCAAGUCUAUUCACUGGUCAGCUGGGGCUGCGGUCCCCUUCUUUGGAUUUGCAGUGGCUAUGUUUCUGUUUUAUUCAUUUGUCCCAGUCUUGCUUCAGAUUAAUGGAGCGACAAUGCUGAACCUCUCUUUGCUGACAUCAGAUAUGUGGGCUGUUCUGAUUCGCAUAUUUGCGUAUCACGAGAAGGUUGAUUGGAUGUACUUUGUGGCCUUUGCUGCUGUUGCUGUUGGAUUAGUCAUUUACUCAGGGGGUGAGAGAGGCGAGGAUGAACAGCGCAGUUAUGUCGUUGGGGAUGAGGAAGAUGCAGAAGCAAGCAAGCAUUUUGAGGAGGCAGCUUCUGGUUCUGCGAAUCAUAAUCAAGGAGCUGGGACUAGCAGCAAAGUAUAACAAUUGUUAUAUCAUGAUCAUCAACAAAGGAAUUGUAAAUGGGUGGUUUUGAUUCUCUUUAACUUAUGCUCUUUAGCAUUUGCAACAAUUACAUAUACUUGGGAUGCGGCUCUGCUGAAUUUUGGUGCAAAAACAAGCCUCUUUCUUUAUUGAGUUACCAGUGCUAGAUAGCUACAUUAAAAUUUUUAAUUUCCUACAUAUUUGUCAAUUGAGACACAAUUAAACAUUGAGUUACUGUGCUGGAAAGCUAAUUUUGAGCUU